GUUUGUUAUCAUUUCUUGUCACAACCGUACACGGCACAGACGAGCAUUGACCAUAUACCGCCGAAAUGAUGACCUGCUCUUUCGUAGCUCUAAGAUUAUGUGUUACGGAUGUAGGCGUUUAAGUGAGUUGAGUGAAUUAAGUGACUAAGAACAGCAAUUUGAUGAAAUGAGAUCUAGACAGGCUAAGGCCGUUGCAGGAAUGACUUGCGAGGUGCUAAAUCAAACCAAAAUGGCCAAGGCCGUGGAACAAAUGAGGAAGAAAAACAAGAAAAGCGAAGAAAAAAGUAAAGAAGCCCAAACCAACUCGUUCAACAUAACUUCGAUGGGAUGGUCCCAAAAAUGGACGUUCCUCAAAGAAAACAUCACCGUUGAACCGAUGUUGGCCUGUUACAUUAUACCGAGCGUGUUUGCCAACCUGGCGACACAAAACUUAAACCUGGAAAAAGCCUGUAGAGUGAACUUGGCCUACUCGACAGAAAUAUGCGAUGCCUUAAGCGAAAGGAGAACAGCCAACUACACGUUUGAGGAAAGUCAGGUCCAGCAACUUGUUGCAUCGAUGGGUGUCUGGAAAACGAUGCUACAAAGCGCAUUACCGGCCUUCUUAAUCAUGUUUAUAGGCUCUUGGAGCGACAGAUGGGGCAGAAGGAAACCCUGCAUGAUAAUUCCAAUUAUAGGAGAAUUUAUGUCUGUGAUCGGGUUGAUGUUCUGCACGUAUUUCUUCUACGAAUUACCCAUGGAAGUGGCGGGAUUUAUAGAAGGUUUAUUUCCGGCUAUAACGGGUGGUUGGUUUACCAUGUUCAUGGGUGUUUUUAGUUACAUUGCCGAUGUGACGACGGUCGAAAUGAGGACUUUACGAAUAGGCAUUGUAAAUGUCUUUUGUUCUCUUGGCAUUCCGAUUGGUCUUGCAUUAAGUGGAGUUUUGUAUAAAAAAAUUGGUUUUUAUGGUGUUUUCUCGAUUUCUGCGUUUUUGUAUAUCGUUGCUAUUUAUUAUGGUUACACCAAAGUUAUCGAACCGAAAAAAAUCGAUGUGCCGGCUACUUCGGAAAAGUCGUGUGGAUUUAUAAGGGACUUUUUUGAUAUAAAGCAUCUUGUGGAUACGUUUAAAGUUGCUUUUAAGCAAGGAGAAAAUAACAGACGGACCAAAGUAAUACUUUUAAUGCUGGUUGUGAUGGUUGUUAUUGGACCCAUGCACGGUGAAAUGAACGUAACGUAUUUGUUUACGAGGUACCGCUUUAAUUGGGAUGAAGUCGAUUUCAGCAUUUUUUCAACGUAUAGUAUGGUCACAAAUUUAAUAGGCACAUCUAUAUCGGUUGGUAUAUUCAGCCAUCUUUUAAAAAUUGAUGACGCAAUUAUUGGCAUUUACUCUUCGAUGAGUAAAAUUUUGUCGAGUUUUGUCUAUGGUUUUGCCAAAACGUCCUUGGUUUUUUAUUUAGGAGCAAUUGUUGAAAUCCUAAAUGGAACAUCAUUUAUUGCAAUGAGAUCCAUAGCCUCGAAAUUGGUUCCUACUGAUGAGUUGGGUAAAGUAAACUCGUUAUUCGGGGCAUGCGAAGCCUUGAUGCCCCUACUUUAUGGACCCAUGUACAGUGCGACCUACGCGGCAACCAUUAAUUAUAUGCCUGGGGCAUUUUUUAUUCUCGGUGGGAUACUUACUGUGCCAGCGGUCCUUAUAUUUGGUUGGAUGUAUACUCAGCACAAAAAAGACGCAAAAGUACUUAUUCACAAAACUGACGCAGAACUAGGAAAAAACGAGCUGAAAAACUCCAUUGUUAAGGAUAUUGUUUUAACGGCACAGCCAAAGGAAGUUUCUCUAGGAUCCCCAAUUUUAAAAUCUUACAAAUUAACAAAAGAAAAUGGAGUUCUGAAUAAUGCAUUUCAAAUGGAUUCCUAAAAAAUUUUAAAAAACAGUUGUAUUUAUUUUACAUAUCUUAGAUACUUAAGAUUAAUAGAUCGUUUUUAAUUUGCAGUGAUAUUACUAAUUUUCGUGACGACUUUCAUGAAAUAUAUAGCUCUACACGUUUUAUUUUGUAAUUUGACAAAACAUUGCUGCAAAAAAAUAAAUAAUGCCUGUGGUAUUAGUCUUUAUGUGAUAAAAUAUUUUUAAUUAGUUGAUUUUAUAUUAUAUAAGAGUAUUAUUUAAUUAUUAUAAAUAAAUAAACUAAAAAAAACAUUACUGCCCAUAUGAGUUAUUUCAGAUAGAACUAUAAUCC